CGGCACCGCUUUAAGUUUGACUGUGCUAGAUCAUGACCUUUCUACCGAGCCUGCGUGUCUAGAAUCAAACAACAUGGGGAAGGCCUUUUCUUCCCUUGGCCUGGACGACUCGGAAGAGGAAGCAGAAGUCGGGCUAAUUCUGCACUCCAGGCCGAAUUCCUACUACCCUGGUGCUUGUGGAAUCACUAAACAGGGUCGUCGCAGACUCCUCGACCUGGAUUCGCUCUACGCGAAUUCGUUUCGGAUUGUGCGAAGCCUGCAUUAUUCCCAUGAAUUUAUUCUUCCGCCUCCCGGAGGUACUAUCGCGACUUCGGACCAACAAAACACAAUCACUCGUCCACCGACUGUACUUUUCGUACACGGCCGCGUUGUCCCAUCAUCUUCUUCCUCCUCUUCACCAAUUUCCCCUCUGCUUUCGCAAAAUAACACUAAUGGUUCAACACCUCUCACCCCGCCAAUCGAUCUCCUCGUGCACACCGGCGGGUUUGGGCGAACCGCGUACGAUUUGCUGCAGUUUGACGAGUGGCUGCAGGAAGUCGGAAAGCUUGCAAAGUCCAAACUGCUCAUCCUGAAUCCGGAAGUCGACGUUGCGGCAAUCCAGUUGUUGAAGCGGAAGCAGCUGCUGCUGCAUUGUUCGAGCGCGGUCGGCACAACGAAAAUUGUCACCGCAGCAGUCCAGGACGCGGAGCUCUUGGAAAAGCUGUUCAGUGAAGGAGAGCUUGAUGGUGAGUUCGAGCAUCACAAUUUUUCGGAUGCUGAAAUUGUAAACGGAAAGUCUAGUAUUCGUCAAGACUCUUGUUCUAACCUCGACGCUUCGGAUGCGGGCCGCGGGGGGAUUAGAAGAAACACGCCGCAGCGACCAGCAGGUAGUACAACUCCUGUCUGGCGAGUGGAGAACGGGGAGUUUGUGCAAGACUCCUGUGCGGUAGUACAACAGCCAGACAAGAGGAAGACUACGUCGGGUAGAAGGAACGCAAAAAAAUCUGCGCACGACCAUCGGAGAAAGUCAACAGUGAUUUCUAACGGAAUCGUGCUGGAAAACAGCACAGUUUUCACGAUCGCUGGGCUGCAGAUCUGCGUCCUGCCGAGCAGCUCAGUCGAUGAUGAAAAUGGACAGGCUAAUAAGCGCUUCGGGGUGGCGGAGGUAAAAUUGUUCGUGAAGCAGUUCAAUUGUGCAACUUUGGCGUAUAAGUAAUUUUUUCUUACGUCAGAUACUGAAGUUUGUGAAUCUACGUACUUCAUCAGCAGUAGUGCACAUUGGAAAAUAAUUCGAAACAUUUGCAAGACUUGUGUCAAAACAGGUAUCCAAAUCUCUCCUGCAAUCCGGUAGUACGCCCAGCAGACCGGAUAUUCUGAUUACGCCGACGUCGGGCCCGCUUCACGUUUUGGACGGAAAAAGCCAGGAAUUGUUUGACUUUGUCUGCCAAGUCCAACCUCGCCUGCACUGGUUCAACGGAGCGAGGAGAACCACGAACAGUGUCGUCAAACACCAGCAAGUCGUCACCAACGGCCCCACACUAGAAAUGCUGACUCCCCAGGUCACCUUCGCGGAGGCUGUUGUUUUGCUCCCACCUCCGCGAGAUUCCGAGGAUUUUAACGAAGCAAGUUCCGGACGGCUCACCUACGUUGGCUUUGAAGACAACGACUUCACGCCCCUGGAGAAGCCGGCUACAUCAACUGCGUCGCCCAGGAGCAAGAAAAAUGUGAACAACAGGAGAGUCAUGCAAUCUAGGAUUUGUACUGACGGCAGUCGCGGCGACCUCGGGCGUCAGGUGUACGGAACUUUCGGAGAUGACGAAUCUUUCACCGAGAUGAAGCGAGCAAACUAUCAGCUUGCUGCUCCGGUGGACCGAGGAACUCCUCCGCGGUCUUCAUCGAGUCUCGUGUCUGACUGGAUAGUGAAGCCGUUGAAAGAGCUGGUAAGAGAGGAACUUUACGGCACUGCUGUAGAAGACGGAGACCUUCAGCACGGCGCGCAAAAUGUCAGCGGUGGAACUAGGACGUACAACGACGACCAAUUGGUAGCAACGACGCAAGGUAGUGGAAACAAGAUGGGCGGUAAGGCGAUUGCGAAUUCUACAGGGAAAGCCGACGUCCAGAAGACGAGCAGGUACAGAAACGAGAGGGUUUGCCAGGCAAUACUGAUGCAGAAGUCCACUGCAAGAGGACCUGGUAGAGGCAAAGAGAAAGUGGACAACAGAAGCAUCAUGGGUAAACCCACAGCUACAUCAUCGACGUUACAACUUCUAUCCCCUACUGGUACUCCGUCAAACAGGCUUUCUUGCGUGCCCCGAGAGAAGGCGCGGAUGCUACAGUCCCUGUGCAGUUGGCCGUAUCAGCUCUUCGGUUCGAACGAUUCGGAUAUUCACGCUGAUUCAAAUUCUAGAGUGCCCGCUUCCAAGAAAUUUCUCGACAUGACGAACCUCUGGACGGCUAAUUCUACGCCAGAGUUACUGAACAAAGCCGACAACGACUCCGAGGAGGACGAAUACGAAACCGUCGAAGGAACGGUCGCCCGGGAUUACAAAGGCUGCAAAAAGGCAAACUCUAGCUCCAGCAGUACUUCCUUGUCAUCACGGAAUCGAAAGAAGAAGGAGGGCGAAAACAAUUAUUGCGGAGGACAAACUGGCGCACUGGGCUCUAUUUCAGCACUGACCGAGGAGUUGAAGCAAGAGUUUGCAACGGACGUGCGGGCGCUGCGACGAAAGUUGGUGUUCGAAGCUUUGGGCUUGGUCUUGCCGGUGGAUGGAGACAAUGAAAAUGAAAUCGUGAAGGCGGAACAACUGGACAGCUGCACUGAAGGCAUUUCACAACACCUUGCUUCGCCUGCGGCUGCAGGUACGAAGGAGCAGAACAGAAACGAACAAAAUCAUGGAGCACCAGUAGAAGGGAAGAUCCUGAAAGGCGGCGCACAAGAAAGCCCGCAAGGCGAGCAGAAGAGUUUUCACGAAGAAGAAGCAGUCAGGAAGCAAACACGCGGCUGUGAAAUGGAACUGGAUGACGAUGAGGAGGGAACCAUUCGAGAGGACGCGGAGGAACCUUCCACAGACAGCGAAACAAGCAGCGUCGUCGGACGCCGUGACCAAUUUCAUGCUGACACGACAGGAAUUAUCGAAACCGCUGAGCAGAUGAAGGUGAAUAAACGCUCGCCCGCGCCAGAUAAUCUUAAAUACGAGCCGAUUUUUCCAAGAAAAUUUUACGAACAUGAGAGCUGGGCGGGGCGAGAUGAGAAGAAGCAUCUUCAAUACCCUGCCCGAGCGCAGGAAUUAAACAAGUCAAAGCAAUCAACAGCAAGCCCCUACAACUUUCCUGGGCGAAUUACGACAGCAGGCGAGGAAGCUUUUUCACCUGGUCGUCCUCUGCCAAGAACAACAAACCUCGAAGUGGCGUUGAAUGACCAGCACUACAUCGAGAACAAAUUGCGUGAAAAACUCCUUCGUGAAAAGUUCAACUACCAGUUCAGGAAGGUGAUAAAAGAGGAGGAAGACCGCGCCAGGAGGAACAAGGAAGCAAAGUCAAGCUCUGCGCACUUUCUUAGCCUGCGUGAAGGCUGUGAAGAUGUUGACCCCGCCGCCGCGUUGUCCGUGGCAUCAACGCCGUGCUAUCAUUUCGAAGACCCGGGAUUGCAGGUGGAAGACCCGGAGGAAAUUGAGAAAAUGCUAGCAGAGUGCGGGCUGGAGGAAGUAGAUGGAAAAGAACUGCAACUACAUUCUUCGGCUCAUAGCGCUGCUUCAUUGGCCCAGCGGGGCGGUGACCGAACUGACAACACCGGCGGAGAGGUGGACCACAAAGUUCUGGCCACUCCUCUGGAAGAUGUUCCGCAAGAACCCUCUCGCGGCCCGCUUCUGGACGCGAGUCCUUGCGAAGACCAAGAAAUAAAUGUGACCAGCGCGAGCGCUCCGGCUAGGGCUAGCACUUUUAUCGAUGUCGAAUGUAGGAAAGAGGUGGAAGAAGAAACGGAGCACCUCAUUGACCUUUUGUUCAGUUCCGUGGCGAGAAAAGUCGCGACGGACUACAAAGUCUUGCAGAAGUGCUGUCAUGCGGAGGUGGUAACAGAGGAUACAAUUUCGAUUUCCUGCGACAAAGGUGCUGCCGAAGAUGAAGCGACGGACGACAAAUCUGCUGAAACAGGUGCAAGGGAGCAGCAAGCACCUUUUCUAAACCCAGCGGCUCUGCCCCGGCCACAUUUUGUGCGCGAGAAAGUGAAGUACUUCGAAAAGCGCAUCUCGACUGUUCUCGACACAGACCACAGCAUCGACGUAGAAGAGCCGCAAGCUGCACCGAGUGGGUCUUUUGUCGGACCCGAUGCUGAAGAGAGAACAAAUGAGUGUAUGCCUGGCGGAGGCAACAUGAUGAUUGUUGGCGCAGUUGCGGCGGCUUCUCUUCAUAAAAAAGGCGAGGAAUUUUUGCAGGAGACGAAAAGCAAGCGCAUUGGACAACCUACAGAAGUUGCUACAACAGAAGUUGUACUAUCAUCGCCGGCGCCGGAACAAAGUCCGUGCAGCACAACCACGGGUUUUAAUACGUCAUCCGUGUAUCCUGAACAAAGUCCGUGUCCGUCCUCCACUGUGGGAAGUAGCAGCGCAAGGUCAGAUGAAGUAGACGUAAUCAAAGCCGGAAUUAUCGAGGAAGAGCGACCAAGUUCCUACGCGUCGUCGGUUUCAGAAGAGGAGGCAGGCAGGGGGCAUUGUGGUGUGGAGGAAAAUACUAGCGAGGGGAGGGACGAGGACUACAUUUCUCAAGUGGAUGUUUUUACGACUACAGCCAAUCUAGAUCAAAAACCAGUGAGGAACAGUAAGAGCAAUAAGAGCAACUCUCUUCCGGCAAAGCAGCCCGGAGCUGCAUUAGUCCGACCCCAGCCGCGUGGACACCGUGCAACGCCUUCGCAGGACAAAUCCGCACGGUAUAUGGGUCCUGCACCCACCCGGGAUAUGACGCAGACCGAAGCGAGUCUGCAGCGGCUACUAGCCAAAGAUCCCUCGUUGUAUAUCCCAGCGGCGACAAAGAGCAAGAAUAAAACAUCCAAAAACGGUUUUCAGAUUGCUGCGGAAGAUGACACGAAAACAAAGAUGAAAAACGUCCUCUGUCAUAGCAGGUCAAGGGAGAUCGACACGCGAGGCGGUGCAGCAGACGACCACUUCUGUGCUGGCGAAAAAACUACUGAAGCAACAGCAACUAACACUCCUUCUGCAAGGCCGAAGCAGCUUUCCUCAACGGAGUUCACGCGGUUGCCGACCCUGUUCAUCCAACACAAUGGUGUUGACCACAACUACUUGAGCGCUAUUGACAACCAGGAGAAUGACAUGGUGAUGCAUCUGGUGGAAUUUGUCUAGCGAGUGCAACAUGAAUGUUGGCGAAAUCAACAUGUGGCGGAAGCUCGAAUGGAUUUAGGUGGCACUACCGCAUUGCCGUUCAAUUAUGUGUCAAUGCGUUUACGUAUCCGCCAAAUUCGGCUCUUCG